AUUUUCGUCAGCCCUAUCAGCUGUUUAGUAUACAAACAACACCGAUAAGAAAAAAGGCAGACAGAACACAAAAAAAUAUUUUUGCUCAAAUUUAUAGAAGCAUCUCAUUAACUUUGACUAAACCUAUUUGAUGGGACACCUGGACAAAUGCCGCGUAUGCUCCUGCGAUGUGGCUAGCGACGACGAGGCCUACAACUUGCUCCAUCAUCCAUAUCUCGCCGUCAAAUUUUCCGAGUGCACAAAUUUGGUGGUGGAUCCUGAUGACCAGGAUAUUCUGCCCAGCGAAAUUUGCUCUGAGUGCUACGAGCUCCUGGAGAAGUUCCACUCCUUCCGAGCACUAUGCAUUAUAGCCGAUAAUAAAUGGCGUUCCAAAAGUCUGGUAACUUGGAAGAAAAUAGAUCGCAGGAAACCUGUUUACGAGGUCGACGAAGAUGAGGAGGAGGAGCUGGAGGAACUGCUGUUGGAGCCCCCUGAGAUGAUCAUAUGCGAUACCAACUUAAGUGCACAGAAUACUCAGAAAAUCGCCGAACAGGCACCGCCAGCCUUAGUAUGGAAUACCUUCGCCGAAAAUGUCCCGAAAAACCCGGAAACGGAAAAGAAAGCUUUGGAAGAGCCCCCAUUGACCACAUACAAGUGCGACCUGUGCGCCGACGAGUUUCGAGAGGAGAAGCGCUUGAUUCUCCACAAGAAGGAGCACCAAGGGCACAUGUUGUAUCAUUGCACUGAGCCCGGCUGCGAGGAAGCUUUCAACCGUUUCGAGAACCUGAGGCAGCACGAGCAGGAGCACUCGGAAGUGGGCAUGCGGUUUGUCUGCGAAGAGGAAGGCUGCAACAGGAUGUACCGGCACAAGGCUUCGCUGAAAUACCACCAGAGCAAGGCUCACGACAUUGGCAAGCCUUUGAAGACCCAUAUGUGCGAGUUCUGUGGUCGGGUAUUCAAGACUGGCUCUGCUCUAAGUCAGCAUCGGUUCACACACGGCGACCAGUUGGUGCUGCCAUAUGCCUGCGAACUGCCGGACUGCGCAAUGCGAUUCUAUACCGCGGAGAAGCUCAAGAUUCACAUGAUGCGGCACCAGGGCAUAAAAAACUUUAGCUGCCCCUACUGUGGUCUCAAGAAGACGACCAAGAACGAACUGCGACUGCAUAUCAACUAUCAUACGCUGGAGAGGACCUGGUCCUGUAAGGAUUGCCCCAAAGUGUGCAACAGCUCAACGAGUCUUAGGAAACAUAUCCGCACAAUCCACGAAAAGGCACGGGAUUAUGCCUGCAACUAUUGCGAAAAGAAAUUCGCCACCCCCGAUACGCGAAAGUACCACGAAAUGACCCACACUGGCGAAAAGAACUUCGAGUGCCACGUUUGCGGCAAGAGAUUUACACAACCCUCUGCCUUGCGCACCCAUCGCAAGGUCCACGAAUCGGAGGAGAACCAGCAGACCGCUUGUGCUCUGCUGCAACUGACUAGUAUGGGUUAGAAGAGUUAACAUAUUUAUAUUUUAGGUUCCGCGAAAAGUACAACAUUCAUAUCGCAUUUUACUCGACUCACAACUUAACAAUAUUUACACACCUCCUUUAUUGAGGGUUUUAUUACGAUAUUACGAUAUUACGAUAACAAACCAGAAGAGUAGGAAAGAGGCAAUUUUUAAUAAACUAGUCUUAGUGUUUAAUGGCUCAAGUGCACGUCGCAUUACCCUUAAUAACGAUAACACAUCAGGAAGUUUAGGGUAAACAACAUUUUUUAAUAAGCUGUAGUUUUUGUAUCUUACCGAUUAACUAAUUAAUAUGACAAUAAUCCGACAAUAAAUCAGAUGUAGGUUAUAAGGUUAUGAGGGUGACCCCAAACAAUGACAAUAAAUCCGGGGUAUAAGUUAAUGACGGUUAAUGACAAUAAAUCAGAAGUUGUAGGGUACAAGUAUAUGACAAUAACCCUUAAUAAUGUAAGCAGACCAGGAAGAGAUUAUAUGUGAGGCAAUAACCCUUGAUAACACUAAUCAGGAAGUGUAGGGUAAAUAAAUUCUUUUAGUGUAGUUUUAGGUUCAUACCGAUUAUCUAUACCAUAUGUCAAAUUACCCAUAAUAACGAAACAAAAAUCAGGAAGAUAUGGGUAAAUGACAUUUUUUAAUGUACUGCCACUUUUUCAUCUCACAUAAUAUAAGUGAAUAACUUCGAAUAAUGACAAUAAAUCAGGAAGUAUAAGGAUGCGGGGAUUUUUGCAAUACACUUUGGUUUUAGUUCUUUUCGUUUAAGAA